CCCAGGUGGGCGGGGCUGACCCUGGCUGGCACGCAGGCGGCAGGAUGCUGUCCACCAGGCAGCGCUGUCGAGUUUGACAGGUCUCGCUUCUCCCACAUCCAUGAACCGGUAGGACUGAGGGAGAGCGGCCGGGAGUGGAUUUGUCACCCGUCGCGUUCCCGAUCCCCGAUGGCGGAGACCAAGAUAAUUUACCACAUGGAUGAGGAGGAGACGCCGUACUUGGUGAAGGUGGCGGUGCCGCCGGACCGGGUCACCCUCGGUCACUUCAAGCAGGUCCUCAACAACAGGCCGAGCAGCAGCUUCAAAUUCUUCUUCAAGUCCAUGGACCUUGACUUCGGAGUUGUAAAGGAAGAGAUUUCUGAUGAUAAUGCCAAGUUACCGUGCUUCAAUGGAAGAGUGGUUUCAUGGUUGGUGCUGGCUGAAGGCUCGGUUUCUGACGGGGGCUCACAGUGUGCAGAGAGUCAAUCAGAGCUACCUCCCCCCAUCGAGAGGACGGGAGGCAUCGGCGACUCCAGGCCACCAUCCUUUCACGCUAACACUGCUGGCAGCCGGGACGGAUUAGACAAUGAUACUGGAACAGAAUCGAUCCUGAGCAUCAGACGGGAGCGGGACCGGCAUCGGCGAAGGAAUAGAGAGCGGGAGAUACACAAUGAUGUUGCACGAGUAAAUGGACACACAAAACCAGAUCGGCAUCGUAAUCCAGGUGGUUAUGAUAGUGCCUCCACUGUGAUGAGCAGUGAAUUGGACUCGAGCAGCUUUAUCGAAUCCGACGAUGACAAUACUAGCAGGUUAAGCAGCUCAAUAGAGCAGAGUGCUUCCUCUCGACUCAUGAGGAGACACAAACGCAGGAGGCGGAGACAUCGCAUGAGACACAUGGACAGGUCCUCAUCAUUGAGCAGCAUCACAGACUCCACCAUGUCGCUCAAUAUUAUCACUGUGACGCUAAACAUGGAGAAGUACAAUUUCCUGGGGAUUAGCAUUGUGGGUCAGAGUAAUGACCGGGGAGACGGCGGGAUAUACAUUGGGUCAAUAAUGAAGGGGGGAGCAGUGGCAGCAGAUGGCAGAAUUGAGCCCGGCGACAUGCUUCUGCAGGUCAACGACGUCAACUUUGAAAACAUGAGUAAUGAUGAUGCUGUGAGGAUUCUCCGGGAAAUAGUCUCAAAACCUGGACCUAUCAGUUUAACAGUUGCCAAGUGCUGGGACCCCACUCCCAGGAGCUAUUUUACCAUUCCCAGGACAGAACCAGUGAGACCUAUUGACCCAGCAGCCUGGAUUUCCCAUACCACUGCCAUGACGGGAACAUUCCCCCACUACGGUAUGAGUCCCACCACCAGUGCCAUUACCUCUACCAGCUCUUCACUAACCAGCUCCAUCCCAGACUCUGAAAAGUUUGAAGAUUGGCCACUAACGGUUAAAAGUGAGAUGCCAGUCAUUGUCAAGGCAAUGCAAUUGUCUGACUCGGGACUGGAGAUCCGUAACAGACUGUGGUUGAAGAUCACCAUUUCAAAUGCGGUCAUUGGAGCUGAUGUGGUCGACUGGCUUUUCUCACAUGUGCAGGGAUUUAAAGAUCGUCGUGAAGCAAGGAAAUAUGCAAGCAGUAUGCUGAAGCAUGGCUACCUCAGGCACACAGUCAAUAAAAUUACAUUCUCUGAGCAAUGUUACUAUAUCUUUGGGGAUCUCAGUACCAAUAUGGCUGGUUUGAGCUUAAAUGAAGGUUCCAGUGGCACAUCAGAGCAUGACACUCUUGCACCUCUGCCACAUCCAGCUUGCCCCUGGCAGUUGGCUCAGGGAUUCCCAUAUCAGUAUCCUCUGCCUCAGUCGUAUUAUCCUUCGACUUGCCAAGAUCCUACCCUGAACUAUGGAAAUGGCAGUGCUGGAAGCCAGCAGAGUGAAGGGAGCAAAAGCAGUGGAUCCAGUCGGACCGUAGGUGAGAGAAGAGGCUCAAUGGGGAAGGAUAAGGAGCAGAAAACAGAGUCCAAGACAGUGGGGGUUGAGAGCGAACCAGACCGCAGCACUGGAAACAACAUGCACUGUGAGCGACCAGCAAGCCAGCUCAGUCACCACAGCCACUGCUCUCAUGGACCUCCAGGGGUCCCGCCAAUCUACCAGUCCACAGUCCAAAAAGCGACUGGGCCUCCCGGAGCUCCUCCUGUCCGGGAUCUGGCAUCUGUCCCCCCUGAGUUAAUUGGUAGCCGGCAAUCCUUCCAAAAGGCCAUGGGUAAUCCAUGUGAGUUCUUCAUCGACAUCAUGUGACAGCACUGUCUUCUCGCACUAAACAACACUUAAAUUUUUGCACACAGCACUGUUUGUGACUCAUCCCUAAUGUUUCAGGAACCUCAGGCUUCUAAUUCUAACCAUGAUUCAAUUUCUCAUCUGUCCUUGUUAAUCAGAACUUUGAAUUUGUUGGUUUUGGUAAAUAUUGGUGCCAAGCACUGCUUUGUGUUGGUGUGCUCCACAUCUCAGUGCUGUCAUCAGCUUCUCUGUACACUGUAAAGGGAUGAUGAGUUUCUUCUGAUCUGGUUAGAUGUUUAUAAGACUAUUUUGGCCUCUCUCUCACAUAAGUCCUCACCACCCACUCAUCUGCUUUGGUGACAGGCACUCCAUGUUAAAGUGCAACAUGACUUCUCAAUGUACUUUGUCUCAUCCCCUUAGCAAGCACCUUUUCACUAUAAAGAAAUCUCGCAGCACGUUUGGGUAUGUUUCCUUUUCCAGCUUGAUAAAGCAGCCUUUCAAAAAGUGGUUUGAAGAAUUUCAAAAUGAUUAAGUUGCAUCACUUGACAUUUAAACAGCCCUUGCACUCUGCAACCAUUUCAGCUGCAAGGGAAAGGAAACUGUAUGGCACACCUUGUGCACAUGAUGUAGGUUGGAUAGCCCCAGACUGUCUUUGGGACUUUGGAAUUUUGAUCAUAGUUACUGCUAAAUGAUACUGAGUCAUUCAUAGUCUCUUUGCCAUUUAAUCAAUUUCUGAAAGGUUUAUGCUCUGUCUGGAACAGCUGCUUAUUAUAAAUGAUACCUUUCCUUUGCUUUUUUGCCACUCCCAGCAGUGAGACUGUCAGUAACCAGACUGCAACUGUAAAGAUAUGUUUUGUUUGUGUUUUCUUCCAAAUUCUCACUUCUCCCUUGAAAGUGCUGACUUUUACUGAGGUUCAGGCACCUCCUCUCCUGAAGGUUGACUCGUGCUGGAUUAGGGCCCUUCCUCUUCUCCUGAGGUGCUGGUUCUCACUGGAGUCCUCAUCUGCCCUGUAUGUGACUAUCCUUCAGGUGUAGGGAGUGUCAGCAGAUUAUUCAAACAAAGGAAGCAUCACAGUCCUGCUCUCCAAUUGCUAUUCAUCCCCCUCCAGCGUGGCCAGCAAGGUAAAUUUCAAUAUCUUGCUCGUGGCACUAGGUGAGGCUGUCUUGGCACUUUUACGUGUAAACAUGGACAUACAAAUUAGGAGCAGGACUAGAAAUUUUUUUUCCCCAUCUGUCUUAAGUGAGUAAUUUGUUUUAAACAGUGAUCCAUAGUUUUAAAUUCUCUCACAAGAGGAAACAUCCUCUCCACCCGCACUCUGGAUCUUGCAUGUUUCAGUCAAGUCCACUCUCACACUUCUAAACUCCAGCAGAUACAGACCUACCCUGCUGUAAGGAAAUUUUCACUUCUCUCUUAAAAAUGCUGACCUUUACUAUGAUUCAAACAUCUCUCCUGAAUCUUUCUUCAUAAAAAAAAACCUGCCCAUUCAAGGUCUAGUAAACCUUGCCUAAUGCCUUGAAUGGGCAGGUUUUCUUAUGAACUGCUUCCAAACACUAACAUCCUUCCUUUAACAAGGAGACUAAUAGUACUCCAGAUUUGGUUUCACCAAUGCUCUUUAUAACUGAAGUAUAACCUCCUUUAGUAAUCAGUUCCCCUAGCCUUAAGUAAUAACAUUCUGCUAGCUUUCCUAGUUACUUGUUAUCCUUGCAUACUAGUUUUUGCAAAUCAUACACUAGGACACCAGGACCUUUCUGCAGCCUCUCACCAAUUAGAUAUUUUUUAAAUUAUUUUUCCAACUAAGAGGAUAUGAUUAAGUUGGAGAGGGUGCGGAAAAGAUUCACAAGGAUAUUGCCUGGAUUGGAGAGUUUGAGUUAUAAGGAGAGAUUGGAUAGACUGGGUCUGUUUUCUCAGGAGCAAAGGAAGCUAAGAGGUGACACGGUAGAGAGCUAUAAAAUUAUGAGAGGCAUCGAUAGGGGAGAGAGCCAGUAUCUGUUUUCUAUGGUAGGGGUGUUCAAAACUAGAGGGCAUAGCUUUAAGGUGACAGGGAGGAGGUUUAAAGGGGAACUGAGGGGUAAAUAUUUUCACACAAAGAGUAGUUGGUAUCUGGAGUGAGCUGCUAGAGGAGGUGGAGGCAGGAACAAGUGGGAUUAGUACAGGUAGGCAUGAUGGUUGGCAUAUACACAGUGGGCCGAAGGGCCUUUUCUAUGCUGUACAACUCUAUGACACUGAUUCUGAAGGAUAGUUUCAUAUUUUUGCAUAUUAUAUUCCAAUUGUCGGAUCUUUGCUGACUCACUUAACCUAUUUGUCUUCCCUAGCCUCCUUAUGCUUUCUCACAACUUACUUUCCUGCCUAUCUUUGUGUCAUCAGCAAAUUUAGCAAAUGUACCUUUGGUGCCUUCAACCAAGUCACUUAUAUAAAUUGUAAACGCAAAAAGCUGAGGCCCCAGCACAGAUCUCUGCAGCACAUCACUCAUUACAUCUUGCCAAUUAUUUCCUGUUUCCUAUUAACCAGCUAGUCAUCUAUCUACACAAUGAGUUUUUAUCUUCUGCAGUAACUGAACAUUCUUUGCCAAUUCUACCAUUAACCAUGAUGAUAAUCUUACCCCACUCCCUCUCCCCCACCUCCCCACCAGCCCAGCUUUCUCAAUACCUUUUCUUAAGGCUAGUAUGGGAACACACUACAUUGGGGAAUGCAUCCCUCUGAUUAAGGGAAUAAUGCUGGAAUGGGAAACCUGAAAAAGCAGGCAUAAAAGCCAGGGGUCUUGUGUGUAAUGAUAGUUUCCUUUUAUUUCAGAGAAUGAGGAAAUGGUGCAGUACAGAGAGUCAUAUUCAAUUCCAUCAGGUCUAAAUACAGCCUCAGUCAGAGCAUCAGAGUGUGAAGGGAACUGGAUUAAUCUUAUGUUCUGGUUAUAGCCCUAUUCCUUGGCACACAACAGUGCACAGGUGAGUGUGAAUGCUGUUACAUUUGCACAAGUAGCAACAUUCCAGGACUCUGAAACAUUCUUUGAAGAAAAUAAAUAUUUCAAAGCUUGUUAAGAUUUCAAUCUUAGCAUUUAGUCACACAGAAGCAGCUUCAAACAUUGCUUCAUUUAAGGCCAUCCUGUGGACAUCUCGAUGCAAGAGCUCGGAGGAAUGAAAGAUUGUGCAAGGUCAGCAGUAAGCAAAGCUCAAUCUUUGAACAUUGGCACAAAUUGGUCCAGCACUUAGACUUUGGAUUGUAAUAAUGAAAAUGAUGCAGAUUUAUUGAAAAGUUCAAGAAUACUAAUGAUGAUUAAGAGAAAAUGUAAAAAAAUGUACAGUAGAAGAUUAAAUUUUAUUAAAUUAAUUAUUGUAACUAUUCUGUAGAUCAAACUCAAUGAAAAAUUCAGUCCAAACUACAGAUCAGUUGUUGGGAGCUGUCGUUGUGUGUACCAAUGUUGUAGAUACUGUAUUCAGUUCCUGUGUCUCAAUAGUUAAUAUAUCGCUGCCUUGGUGUAAAGCUAUUUUAAGCACUAAAAAUCACAUUUUUCUUGCCUUAUUUUGUUUCUGUUUUUUUCUUUUCCACUUGUCAGUUUUAUUUUACUAAUGCUUUUUGGAAAGAAUAUUUGAUAAAGAUCAUGAAGAGUCCAACUUGGUGAGAUUGGAACCAACCUUGCAAACUCAACAGCAGUACUCCACAUCACUGGCAGUUCUCACUCUCAGGGCCAUAUUGUAGUGGG